GUUUAAGACCAAACUCUUCUGCUUUGAAUCUCUUAAUUCUAUAUGUAUGUAUUUUUAUUUGAAAUUACUAUUUGGCAAAUAAACUGAUCUUUCUAAUAUUUUCAUUAUUAUUUUCUUUCUCCAAAGUAAAAAAAAAAAUAGAAAAGAAAAUAGAAAAAAAACAACAUUCUCUUCUCUUUCUUGCAAACAUUUUCUCCGGUUUCAAUUUCUUUGUUUAAAAAUUAUCCCAGCUCGUGCUUUCCGUGCUAGGUUUUCUUCGAUUUCUCUCUCAGGGUUAUAUCAUUCACUGAGCUGGAGGUCAAAGGGAGAGCAUUGAACUUUGAAGUGUAUGGGUGUUUAUUCUUCUUUUUAAGGCCCUUAGUAUAGAGAUGGAGGCACAGGUCUCCUUGGACUCUGAGCGACAGCUUCUUCAAAAUGGUUCAAUUCAGGAUGGAGAUUCUGGUGUAACAUCAUCUACUCCGGAUUGUGUUGAGACACGGCAGCCUGAGAAAAGACCAACACGGCAAUGGGCUGCUUGGACACGUCAAGAAGAGGAAAGUUUUUUCACUGCAUUACGACAAGUUGGCAAGAACUUUGAGAAAAUUACUCACCAUGUUCAAAGUAAAAACAAGGAUCAGGUCAGGCACUAUUACUAUCGUCUUGUGAGGCGCAUGAACAAAUUGCUGGGCCCAGGAUUGUGCCUAGAUGCAAAAAACUCUAAAGAUACAAAUGCUGCAAUGCUCCGAUGGUGGUCUUUAUUGGAAAAGUAUAGUUGCAAAGCCUCAAAGCUUCACCUAAAACCACGAAGGUUUAAGAUAUUUAUAGAAGCUCUGGAGAACCAACUCUUGAAAGAUCAAAGGAAGAAUGUAAGGAAAAGGUCUUCACAGGGGGAAAAUGGUUCUCCAACGACUCCUAGCAUUAUCACUAAUCAGAAUAGAGCAUUGGUGCAUGAUACUCGAACUGUUAAACUUGUUAUUGUUGAUAGUCAAAACAUCCAAAAAUUAGGUGGAAAGGGAUCAUUGAAGCGCAAUGUUAAUAUGGGGGUUGUCCGUAACAACAAUAAAGGAGACUCAACUGCAAUGAAACCUGCAAGGCAAAGGCGAAAACCAGUCUCAUCAGCUGCAUAUAAAAAAUGGGAAAAGGCUGCAAUUGCUGGAGUUUCUUUGGUAGCCGAUGCUGCUGAGCAUUUGGAACGGACAGCCACUGAUAAAGAGGAUGAACAUGACCAAGGGAAAAAGGGUCUUGAUCCUGUUGAAAAACUUCUUCCGCAUUUUCAUCCUUCACUUCGUUGUGUUGAGAGUAAUGCACUCACUAAUAUGAAGCUUAAGCUUCAAUUGUUCCCAAUUGAUGAUGGUACUCGAAGAGCCCUAGAAAUGGAUAAGCAUAAUCCACACCUGGAGCUCACUCUUAGCACUCGAAAAAAGAUAUCAUCAGUACUGGAACAUUUAAACCGGAAAUGGGGUGAUUCUACUGUAGCAUCUGGAGAACUAAUGCUUUUCCCUUACGGUGUUAAUAGAGAGAACCUGGUGGAUUAUCAAAGAUGGACACAGGACUCACUUGUCAGUGCAGCCGAUGUAUACUUUUCAAUUGGCAGUCCUCCAGUGUUUCGCUUGAGGUAUGGCUGGUUUUCCAAUGUCAACUUCGCUUCUGUAACAUUGCAAGCACCUUCAACAUAUAGUUGCCUUCCAGUUGGAGGAAAUGAGAAGGACAAGACUAUGAAUUCUGUAUCCACAGCUGAGCCAUCUACCAGUGAUCAGUUUGAGAAACCUGAGAAUCCCUGUAGGGAUUGCCCAACUUCAGAGAACAAUAAUCAUGCUUCUGUACUUCAUUCUGCAGGAGUGACCAAUGAGAAUAAUGAGUUCGUUGCCACAGGAUCCAGAAAUAAUCUGGUGAAGUCCUUUGAUCCUGCAGCAAACAUAUCCUUGCAUAGAAAGGAGACUGAUGAUAGGACUAACACGCAACAAUCGGAAGAUGUGGAUGGCUUGAGAUUGAGCAAUGUAAAUCCACUGUCUGCUGGGGAGUGGGCUGAUAGCCUUACCAAUGUUAGCAUUGGAGAUCUACUAUCAGAAUUACCUCAUGUAGCAAAUCAUAACUGCAUUGAACCACUUAUAGUUCAAAGCAAUCAAUUCCUUCAGGAGAUCCCAUUCAGCUGUGAUUCAUUUGAUGCUGCAAUUGCUGCACAUAUCUCAAGACAUCAAGGCAAAAUGGGAUUUCAUUCCGCAGUCGCAUUCCAUACAUCUUCUAUCUGGGAUGGUGAAGAGACAUGUGAUGCUUUUGCUUUUCAAAAGAAUCAUUCUUUACGUAAGGAAGUUACUACUUCAUCUGCUGUUGCUUCUCCACGGGUCAGCAAACAGAUGGACAGAACAAGUUCUAUCGCAUCCAGUGCCUUUCUCGAGGAGUUGCCUGUUAUUGAAGGGCCUAAUGAUUAUCCUACUGGUGGAGACCCUAUGGACGAAUGCUCAUCUGAUUCACAAGUUGUGUCCAAUCAAGUAAAGGAUUUCAAUGGGCUAACAGAUAUCUAUUGGCCAGACUCGUUAGGGCUAUUAGAUCUGGAUAUACCAUCCUCCAAAUAUCAUACUGAAGAUUUGAUUUUAAGUGAUAGCCUUGGUGGUUUGAACCAUCUGAUAGCCAGCAGCUUGGAUGCAUUUCAAAAUUGCUCCUUUUUCGGGCUAAACAAGAAAGAUUCGAUUUCAACAGUUGAGGCUCGAGAAACUACCUCAUUUUCAGAAUUUAAAAUCAGCGGGGGGGUUUGAAUUUCACCAAAGUGGCUCUCAAGCGAUGCCACCCUUAGAGAAAACGUGAACUUUACUAGGUUAUAACAACUAAUUGUUUAUGUUCGGCUGACUUCGCGAGGAGUGUGAGCUGAGGAAGCAGUGCAAGCCAAGAAAAUUCUGUCUGUUCCCUGAUCAGUCAAGUCUCCUGCAUUUGUACAAAUAUAGGCAUGGAAUACCUAUUCCAUUUAUCUUUCCUGACUUGUUUUCUUACUAUUUUUGUAAAUUGUUUUCCAGAAUUGUUGUAACUGAACGAUCUUGGUACCUUAAAUGAUCGAUCUCACCUUAUCACUCCA